AGCCCAUUUGUAGAAAAUAACCCGGAGUGGAGUAGCCCUCGUUUAAAUUCCGUAUCCUUUUCCUUUCAGCCGCUCACUCCCACUUCAAAAGAACAUAUUCACUCCCUUUUCCCACUAUCACCAUCUAAACUUUCCUUUCUCUGCCAUUUCUCCACCACCACCACCAUUACCACCGUCAAUGGCGGCGACUUCCUCCGCAAUGGAGUCCCUAAUCCUCAAACUCCACGAGAUCUCCGCUGUCAAAUUCGGUAACUUCAAGCUCAAAUCCGGGAUAACCUCCCCAGUCUACAUAGACCUCCGCUUAAUCGUUUCCUAUCCUUCUCUCCUUUCUCAAAUCUCCCAAACCCUAAUCUCCGCCGUUUCCGCGGCAUCCCCUCCGGCCAUCUUCGAUGUCAUAUGCGGUGUUCCUUACACCGCUCUUCCCAUCGCAACGGUUGUUUCCGUGGCAAACAACAUCCCUAUGCUCAUGCGCCGCAAAGAGGUUAAGGCUUAUGGAACUGGCAAACUCAUUGAAGGUGUUUUUCAACCAUCCCAAACUUGCCUCAUUAUUGAAGACCUUGUCACCAGUGGCGCUUCUGUACUUGAGACUGCUGCUCCUUUGCGAGAAUCUGGCCUCAAGGUCACUGACGCCGUCGUUUUGAUUGAUAGGGAACAGGGAGGAAGGGAGAAUUUGGCCGAAAAUGGGAUAAGAUUACACUCGUUGUUGAAGCUGAGUGAGAUGGUUGGAGUUUUGAAGAGGUUGGGUAAGGUGGAAGAAGAAACAGAGAAGAUGGUGUUGAAGUUCUUGGCGGAGAAUAAGAAGGUCUCUGUUCCGAGUGUAGGGAAGGAGAGUGUUGGAGGAUCGAAGAUGGGUUACAGCGAGAGGGCGAAGUUAGCUAAAAAUGAGACUGGUAGGAAAUUGUUUGAGAUAAUGGUGAAGAAGGAGACCAAUUUAUGCUUGGCUGCUGAUGUUGGUACAGCUGCUGAAUUACUUGAACUAGCCGAUAAGGUUGGAUCAGAAAUCUGUUUACUGAAGACUCAUGUUGACAUAUUGCCUGAUUUCACCCCAGACUUCGGUUCAAAACUUCGCUCGAUUGCAGACAAACACAAUUUCCUUAUUUUUGAGGAUCGUAAGUUUGCUGACAUUGGAAAUACAGUAACUAUGCAGUAUGAAGGAGGUGUUUACCGCAUCUUGGAUUGGGCUGACAUAACCAAUGCUCACAUCAUCUCAGGACCCGGAAUUGUGGAUGGUCUAAAGCUGAAGGGCUUGCCUCGUGGUAGGGGUCUCUUGCUGUUGGCUGAAAUGAGUUCUGCUGGUAAUCUUGCAACAGGAGAUUACACAACAGCAGCUGCGAAGAUUGCUGAGGAUCACUCAGAUUUUGUUAUAGGUUUCAUCUCGGUUAAUCCCGCAUCUUGGAAAUGCGGACCUGUGAAUCCAGCCCUUAUUCACGCUACACCUGGAGUUCAAAUGGUUACUGGCGGUGAUGCCCUUGGCCAGCAGUACAACACUCCAAAUUCAGUUAUCUAUGAUAGGGGAAGUGACAUAAUAAUUGUUGGUCGUGGAAUCAUUAAAGCGGCAAAUCCUGGAGAGACUGCUCGUGAAUACCGACUUCAAGGAUGGAAUGCAUAUUUGGCGAAAUGCACGUAACUUUGUUCAGUUUUGCAUUACGGGGGACCGACUUUUUUCAACCUGUAACUUUGUUCAAGGGAAGACCUGAAUAGGUCUGCAUCCAUUGCUCAAUAAGAUGGUUCAAAUGUCUAGUAGUUAGGGUUUAGAUCUAGUUCUAUUUGUAUUUUAGAAUGAUGAUUUGUCCGUUAUCCUCAAGUUCUACAUAAUUGCCUUUGACAAAAUACUACCCAUGUAUCUCUAUAUUUGAGAACACUCAAAAGUGAAGUAUAUAAUAAGUCAGGCUUUUGCAAUUA